GGAGAUCAGAAAUCCGGUCAAUCCAGUCUGUUGCAGCUUUUGGGGAUUGUGGUCAUGCUGAACCAGCUCGGCUGUUUCGUGCCGUGUAAAGAGGCCGUAUUGCCUGUUUUUGAUGCAAUUUACUUGCGGACUGGAGCGUACGACCAGCAACUGUAUGGAUACUCGACAUUUAUGGCGGAAAUGCGCGAGAUGAGCCACAUAUUUUCGGCAAUGACACCGAGCUCCCUGGUCCUGAUCGAAGAUCUGUGCCGGGGCACCUCAACAUCCGAAGGACUCGCGCUCGCUCUCUCCAUGUGCCUCCAUCUCAUGGAGUCGAAG